GGGACGGCCAGUGGGCCUUGCCAAAGAGGUGCCUGCUGAGCAACCAGCGACUCGCAGCUCACCAGCAAGUCCACCGGCGCGUUCUCUGGCUUCUGACCUUCGUCAAUUCUCGAUGAUUCUGCAGGAGUCCCCGGAAGCGGAUCUGAGCAGCUCCCUGGCAUGCAGUGCGAAUAAAAGCUUCGAUGCGCCUCGGCGAUUGGGCGGAGGCGUCAGCGGCGAGGUGCUGAGAGAGAUCAAGCAGCUGCGUGGCCACGUGGACGGCUCCAAGAAGCGCCUGGCGCAGCUGGAGCGGCGCGUGGAGGCGCAGCUGGAGGACCGCCUGCAGAGCAAGGGCGAUCUGCGGGAGCGAUGGGCAGAGACACAGGGCACUGUCAAUGGCCUGCUCGAGGACGUGCAGUCCCUGAGGCAGCGCCUGGACUCCCUGGACAACCGCCGCGCCUCAGAGCACAAGGGCGAGGGGGAGAAGCGCAUUGCCGAGAUUGCAGCGCAGGUGCAGGCCCUGGAGCACCAGAGUCGCAUGUCCCACACAGCCUUUGAGGAGCAUCAAAGGCGGCAGGUCGCACGACAGCGGCGUUGGGAGCAGAGUCUCGAGGAGCUACACGGGAAGGUGGCAGCCGGAGAAAUGGCGCACAGUCGGAUGGCAGCCAGGCCGGAGGUGCGGCCGGACUUCGAGGGCCGGUUCCGUCGCCUGGAGCAGCGGCAGGAGUUCUCGGACUCCGCGCUGCGGGCGCUGCAAGCCCAGGUGGAGGAGGGCUUGCAAGCUGCAACCCUGAGCAUGGAAGGAGAGCAUGAGGAGGAAGCAUCUCAGUCCCGGGCUUCCGAGCGGGGGCUGAUGGUCCUGGAGAGGAAGACGUCGGGGCAGAUCCAGGAUCUCUCCGCGUCGCUUGCCACCCUUCGGGUUCGAGUCGAUGCUCAGCUCCAGCGCAUGGCCGGCCUGGCGGAGCGCCUGGAGGCGGCCCCCGGCCUGGCGCAGAUGCGGGUGGAGCUGUCCGCGAGCCGGGCCCAGGAGACCAGCAGCGGUGUGAGGCGGAGCUGGCGGCCUUGCGAGAGAGACUGCAGGAUGGGCUGCGACGACACCACCGCGGAGCUCCGCGAGGCGGUGCGCAAGACCAGCACAGAGCUGGCAUCGCUGCGGGAGCUGCCGUUGCAGCUGGAAGGGAUGCAGGCGGAGCUUGGUGCCAUCGCGCAAGCGCAGGUGUUGCCGCGGAAUGGCAUGCACGGGCUCCAGCUGGGUCUGACCGAGCCCAGCACGCGGUACGAGGAGGAGGUGCCGAGCUCCAGCUCGGAGUCGGAGCCGCAGCCUCCUGCGGAUCUCGGCGGAGCUUUCAGGCAGGCUGCAGGGCCAGAGUCGGAGGACGGCACUUCCGAAGAGCAGUCCUUCGAUGGCCUGAGGUACCCGGAAAGCGCGGAUCUUCAUGUCCUGGCAGGCCACCUGCUGGCGGCGGAUGCGUUGGCGGCACGGGUGGCGGAGCUGGGGAGAUGCGAAGCGCCUCCGGCACAGGGCGAAGCGGAGACGCUGAGCCCGUGGCAGGUGAAGCUGUACCGACUUGGGCAAGAGGUCGAAGAGCUGCAGGCGAGGCUGUUGGACAUCCGGCUGCAGGCCAGCGAGGCCAGCGCGGACGGCUUUCACGGCCACGUGGACUUCUCCUGCGAGCGGGAGAUUGCGGAGCUGGAGGAGGAGGUCCGCGAACUGGAGCAGGCCCUCGCGCCGGCAAGUGAGGAUGAUGCCUGCCUGGAGCUGUCGGAGCGCCUCGCGCCGCUGGAGGACGCCUUUCGGCAGCUGGCGGAGCGCCUGGCCGCGCUGAGCCCUGAGAAGCUGCUGCCGCCCUCUUGCGAGGCAAACGGCCUGCAAGAGCUGCUUGCGAAGAUUGACAAGCUGGAGCUCACCGAGUUGGAGGAGGAGAGAGCGGACGCCAAAGCUGCGCCGUCCCAGGUGAAGGAGCUGAAGCUGUUGGCUGGUCAGGUCUCCUCGCAUGAAGAGGACCUCGCCAACGUGAAGCUGCAAUCCCAGAACCUCACGCAGGCGGUCGAGAUCUUGCGGGCGGAUGUGGAUGAGAUGAGGAAGGUGGCCGCCUUCCCGGAUCACAGCGUGUCUCCGUUGACCAAAGCUCGGGGCAAGUUGGAUCUGCUCUGUGCGGAGAUGGCCGAGCUCCAGUCCCAGAUGCGGGACGCCGGAGGUGCAGCUCGCGACCAUAAGUUUCACAAGGAGAGAGAUGGUCUUGCCAAGGUGACGAUCCGGAGGGCCCGGGGCCGCGGUCCGCAGGUCUGGGCGGCUCGCCGCUGGUGCAUGCGCACGGCUACGCCGUGUGAGCGACACGCCCGCGCCUGCGGAAUUGGAUGGGAGGCACCCGGGGUCGACACUUGGGAUUGGUUUGUUCCUGACACUUGA